CAUGUUCGGAUGGUUGUAGUUUAAAUUGACUUUUAAUUUCAUUAUGAGAUUUGACGAAAUGCAAACGUGGAAAAGAGAGAAAGAAAUAGCUAAAGCUCGAGAGAAAGUUAUCGCACUUCGUGAAAAGCAGGCAGCUAAGGAUCAGAAGAUGAUGCGACGAGAGAAAAUUGUAGAGGAUGGAAAGGUUAAUGAUUUUAAGAGGGUUCUACAAAAUGCUCGAACAGAAGUCCUUCAAGAGAAAGCUCUCAUAAAAGAAAAAAAAGAUUCCGAAAAAGUUUGCUGGGACAAAAAAUGGACUCAGAAACUUGCGGAGGAAGUUUCAAGAUUGAAAAGCGAAGAAAUAAGCGAGCAAAAACGACGCCAGCUGCUAAGAUCGACUUCCGUCGAACUUCGCCAAUUGGAGGAGCAACUGCGAUCCGCCUAUGCUGCUAAAACGGUGCAAAUUCAAAUAAAGGAGCAGGAGGACAUUCGGAAGAACACCAGAUGCGUGGAAUUGCAGCAGGAUAUAAUGAUUAAGGGUUGGUUUCAGAAUGAUACCUCUGAGCAAGAGAAUUUCGUACAAGAUCGUGAGAAGAAGGAACGUUAUCGUAGGGAUUUGCAGGAUCAGCUUACAAUCAAUUACAGAAAGCGCCAGGAAAAAUCUAAAGAAAAAGAAAGGGAACGAGAACGUGCAGAGGAAAUCAGUCAGGUCCUUAGAAAAGAGGAGAUGGAAAAAUCCAGACAAAAGAAGGAAAUGGCAGUCAGGCUCAGGGCAGAGGAAGAAGCGUUUCUGAGGGCCAAAGAAAUAAGGAAAUGCAAGGAAAAGGAAGCUCUAAUGGAUGAAUCUAAUCGUAUCAAACGCAUCACCUCAGAGAGAGAAAACCAGAAGAGAAGAAGUUCUGAUACUGAGGCUGAAAACCUAGCUAAUAAAGAGAGAAUGCUGGAAAAAAUGGCUGUACGAAUGUUGGAUGAGGAGAUGAAAAAAAGAGAACGCGAGGAUAUCAUCAAUACGGCAUACGAAGAGGAAGAGAAAAGUUCCAUGCAAGCUAAAUUGAGAAACGAAUCCCUGGAGAAGCAACGACAAGCAAAGGACUUACUGGAAGACAUGCUGAGACAGAAGAAAGCCAUUGUAGAACUCAAGGUGCAGAAUUCUGCCGAUGACAACGCGUUUGCUCAAUACAUAGCAGAACAAAACCAAAUAGCCAUCAACCGAGAGCAAGAAAAGGACCAGACCAGACGACGGCUAGGCAUUUGUUAUGGAGAAGACUUGAAAGCUGCAAUAAUGAAUAAAAAAAUACUUCAUGACGAAGAAUUACUCAGAAGACAGGAGUCAAUAUGCAAUGAUGAGAAAGCAGAAGCCGUAAGGAGACAGCAAAUAUCUCAGGAACGUCUGAUGAUACUCCAGGAGCAUGCUACUCGACUUCAAGGAUUUCUCAAAGUGAAAGGAACAACACUUAAAAAUUUUGAAAAAUCUCUCUCUUAAGACAACGUGCCGAGAAGAAUCCGCACAAUCAAGUCAAACUUGAAAUUUAUAGUGUACAUUUGAUAUUAAAAAAAAAUACAGAGACAAUUUCAUAUUUUUAAGAAUCGAUAUUCGGAAUUAUUAAUAGCAUGCUUUAAUUUUAAGUUUGAUUUUAGUAUUUAAAUUCUAAAUAUU